GUCAGCAGCAUUGUCGACUUUGCGUGCCGAAUGCUCCGUUGACUUGCCCUUGGUCGAUUUUGCAGCAUCGAUACCAAUUUGGGAGUGGUCAGAGGAGGAUGUUGACAGGUGGAUCAGGACCGUAGACAACGGGCGCUUCAAGUACCUGGUCCUGCCCCCGCAAAUUACGGGAGCGGCGCUCCUGAAGCUGUCGUCGAAGGGUCUCGCCGAGCUCUUUGAGAUGAGCAUGCGCCGAGCUAGGGGACGAGGUGAAGGGCAGGCCUGGAACGAGACAGCGGCCAGGGAGGUUGGCUUCCGCAUCGGCCGCAUGGUUUUCGCUGCGGUACGCCGGGAGACCCUUCGCUGGCCAGACGGGGCUGCGAGGCUCAUAGAGGCAGAGAGACUGGAGGCCACGGAGCGUGGGCUCAUGGAAGAAGGCUUAAACUUGCCACCAGAAUCAGAGCGGCACUGUGAGUUCUUCUUCUGGGGCGACACUUCACUCGUUCCUGGCACUCUGUGA